AUGUGGAGUGGGCUGCUACCUCCUGGCUUAAAUGAAAGUGAUGUGGAGUCAAGUUCUGAAGAUGAAGAGGCCACAUCGGAGAAUUCCAGACUUCACCUACAGGAUGAAGCAGAAGAUCACGUGACCAGAACCACAGAAAUCCCCGCUUUCCCCACCGAUGGAGCGGAAACUGAAACCGAGGCAAAUACAAAUGCAUAUGAAGAGUGCCCCGCUGGGAUUUCUGUGCACGUGUGGAAUAAAUUUCAAGAAUUGCACAAAAAACAUUCUGAACAGAAAACGUCAGCCUCAAGAUUCAAGAGGAAAAGAGGAAGACGCUCCAGGAAAGGUUCUGGUUUUCAUUCUGGUGAAGUGAAGAGUGACGAGGCGGCUCAGAGAAAACAAGCCUCAAAUGAAGCCCAGUGGAAGGAACUGACGCAGUAUUUUGGAGCUAAUGAUAGGUUUGACCCCCCUGUGAAAAAGAAAAAAGUUGACAAGUCAGGUCUUGAAAAGAGUAUCGACCAGGCUGUGGGAGAGUGGAAUAUUGAGAAGGCUGAGGAGCUCAGCAACCAACUAGCUACUCGAGAGCUUGGUGUUAAAAUUGCCAAAGCAAUUGCCUGCCACAACUUUGUAAAAGCCAAAAAGGAGGCUGAACAUUCACAGGUGGUUCGAAAAAAGAAGAAACUUGCAUGGGGAUUUGAAGCAAAGAAGAGAUGGGAAACCAAAAGCAACAUGGGAUAUAUGUAA